CUCUCUAUUCUCUCCUCUGUGAUCAUGGCUGCGCUCAAACAUUACCAGCCAUGUUUUCAAAUCUGAAACCUAAAGGUUAGCGAUUCGCCCGUUUAGUAUUUACAUCAGAUACACUCUCUUCAUCCAUAUUGGUCGUUUGCCGCGGGGCCAGAGGCGAUCGGCAGAUAUCAAGAUGGAAGCUAAUAAUCAUUUUAACUAUGGGCCUCAUUCUUCUGUGUCAGCUAACUCAGGACUGAAGCAUUCCUCAGGAGAUUCUCUCUUUACUAACGGGUCCUCAAUGAGCUUCCCCCAGCAAGGGAAAAAUCUGAAUGGCGAAAUGAAUGUGAACGGCAUUACUACUGCAGGUGGGACCAGCCAGCCUGGUGCCCACCCUCCCUCUUCUUCCUCUUACCCUCAUAUGAGCAACCAUCACCACCCAGGCAGCAUGGGAUAUGACUAUCUGUGGGGUCAGUCUCAAUAUAACCCAGCUAUAGGCCCUGGCCCUUCCCACGGAGUGCAGAAACCAGGCUCCCACGGGAUUAUACAGCCACAGCAGCCCCAGCACCACUUUCAGGGGCAUGGACCGUACCAGGUCAAUGGCAGUAUGGGACCUUCACGGCAGCCCUCCGGUACUGGGUCGCAGUACUGGGGAAGGGGGAAUCCUGGUCAGCAGCAGCAAGGGGGAUCUUCAAUGCCCAUGGGAUAUAACUCUCACAGCAUUUUUGGGGCAUAUCCAAACCAGGGGCAUCCUGGCAUCCCACUGUCCCAGCAUCACCAGCAGCCUCCAUCCAUGCAGCACCAGCCUGCAACUGCGCAUCAUCAUCUCCAACACCAUUCACACCAGCAGCAGCCGCCACAACAACAGCAGCAGCAGCAAUAUGGUAUGAUGCCUAAUGGAAUGCCAUAUUUUCAGCAUUCAUCACACCAGUCCCAACCGCAGACCCAGCCUCAAUCUCAACCCCAAAGUCAGAUUAUACCACACACUGCACAGAGUUUUACACCUCCACGAGGAAGCCCCCAGCACCAUCACAUUGGCAGUGGUGGCAGCAGUAGUCCCCUCAACGUGCAGGCUCCUGUGAUGUCUCCUUCUGCGAUGCCUGAUGGCGGUUCUCCUAAGAGCACGGAGAUGCAAGUUCAUAUGAAUGAGUCAUUUAAAGAAAAGGAUAAAGACUACAAUGGAGUAGAGAGAACCUCUGUAUCCCAAAGGUUGCCAAAAACUGAGGGUUUCCCCAUCAAGCCCCCUGGUUCUGAUUUCUCUGCUGAAUACAGACAGGAUGUGCAGCACCCAGUUAUGGACCUAGAGCAACGUCAGGAGAUGGGAGCUUCCGUAAAGGAACUAAGUCCUCCCCAUGUCUCUGGACCUCCUCCGCUACUAGCUAGUUCUCCUCGAAAAACAUCAACCCUUCCUCUUCAGACAAUCUCUAUAUCUGCUUCCAGUCAGCAUUCAAAUUCUUCAUGUUCAGAAGGUCCUCAACUUUUAGGUUUGUCCACACCUCCUAAGACAGCUGUCGGAGUCAAUGCAUCUGUGCCGACAGCAGGUGGUUCACCUUCAGGAUUUUGUACAACUCCAUCAGUUUCUUCUCCUAAGAGAGUUCCACAUCCUGUUUCUCACAGCCAAUCUGUGACAUGUUCAUUUAAGUCCUUGACGCAUCCUCCAGUGGUGCAUGUACCUCCUCAAACAGCUCCUGUCGGGUCAAAAAGUCCACGGGUUUCUCCAACACCUCUAUCUUUAGCUGCGUCCCCAUCUGUUGUGUCCGCUCCUGCACUGGCACAUCUUAAAGGACCCCAAGAGGCAUCACCUCUAACAGGCCAGAGUCCUAAACAUCCUGCUGCUUCCUCAACACCAAUAUCUGUUGCAGAUAAAAUCACCCUGCCUUCCGUUGUCGUCAAUCCUCUUCAUGCUGCCUCUCACCCCUCUCAAAUGGCUUCAUUUACUUCUCCUGCUGUUAGCUCUUCUCAGGCAUCCACAGCACCUCCUAGUGUUUCAACAGCAAAUGUGGACACUGCCUCUUCUUGCAGUCCAGUCCAGAUAGGUUCUCAUGAAGUAGAGCACCAGACGUUUGGAGAAAUGCUCUCUUCUCAGAAAACUCACGGUAAAUAUGAGGUGAGUGAUUCCCAGUGCAAAACUGAAGUCAGAAGCUCCAACUCAUUGUCCAACAAUGAUGCACAAUCCGAAAUGCAUACGGUGCAAACUUAUGGUAGAAACCUUGAACCGGCUUUCAGUGCUCCAAAGGAAGCUGAGAGAGACACUAUGCCUGUUGUUAAAAAAGACUCUAAUAAUAUAAAAAAUGAUUCUUUAAAUGAUACCUUUGGCACUGACGCAUCAAUGAACUACCCAUCCUUGGCUGAGUCAACCUACUUUGAAAGCUCAAGAGCUGGGGAUACAAGUUUUAUGAUGGACACCUUUGAUUCUUAUAGCAUUUCCCAGACUGAAGACCAAUCAAUGUUUACAGAAGGAUCCAUGAUUGAUGACUCCAGGGACACUUCUUUCAUCGAAGAGAACUUGAACAGCUCCGUGACCUCUAGCAGUUCCACCGAUGAGACCUCCCUGAAAGAUAACAUGUCUCUGCUGGACGAUUCUUUAAAUGAAACCUCACAAUACAGCUCUUCCCUUCUCUCUGCAUCUGUUAAUGCCUCUGCCCAAUCUGUGAAAGGUAAUGAGAGUGGACUUGGUACUUCAGGCAUAUCUGGAGGUGAAAGAAGAUCAGAUCUUUCGGCAAUAACAGUUCAGGGCCUGCAAGUGGUUGUCUGUGGUUCUAUUGAUGGGGCAACCACACACAUACCACCAUCUGAAAUCCUAAUCGCCAUGCCAGUAAAAAAGCCACGGAAACCCAGAACCCCAAAGACAACUGCUGAAGGAUCUCCUGAUUCCAAGCCCAAGAAGCGAAAGUUAACCUCUGAUGUUCCAAAAGAGGGAAAAGUUAGGAAGAGGAGAAAGAAAAAUGAAGAGAAGCCACUGAGUGCAACAAAGAAGAGAAGGCUCUCUAAAGAGGCACAGGAAUCAGGGGCUGUCCUUAUCGAUACCUCAACUCCUUCAAAUGCACCACCUCAACUUCCAAAUGAGCCAUUUAACUUUGUCCACGAUUCUAGCUUGACCAAUCACGAGAGCCCUGAUGUCAAACCCAAGAAGAUUAGGAAGCGUAAGAUGAAAGAGGGAGCAAAAUCAUCCAAACCUGAGGUUGCAGAAGCAAAAACUGCAGAUGAUGAUGAUGGCGGCAGCUCCACAGCAGGUGACACCCCAAGGCGAAGGAUUGCAUCUGAGGAGCAAGUCCAAUUUCCUCUGCAGCAUGGCUGGAAGCGAGAGAUUAGAGUGCGGAAGUUUGAGGACCGUCUGAAAGGGGAGACGUGGUACUAUGGCCCCUGCGGCCGGAGAAUGAAGCAAUUCCCAGAGGUCAUCAAGUAUCUGCAGAAGCAUCAGGAUACUCUCCAUGGGGUUUCAAGAGAGCACUUCAGCUUCAGUCCUCGCAUGCCAGUGGGAGAUUUCUAUGAGGAGCGGGACACACCUGAGGGUAUGAAAUGGUUCCUCCUUGCCAACGAGGAAGUGCCUUCCAUGAUCAUGGCAAUAACAGGCAGGCGUGGUCGUCCUCCUAAUCCAGACAAAGAGCCUUGUUCCCGUGGUUGCCGAGCCAGAGGAGGCCAGGGAAGGCGCCCCGGCAGACCUCCAAAGCCCAAGAUGGAGGAUCUGCUCAGUAAAGUGGACGCCAGGCUGCUGAAGAGGCUGGAGGCAAAGGAGGAGCUCACAGAGGAGGAGAAAGUGAAACUGGUUAAGAUCAAGAAGAAAAUGAAGAGAAAGGCAAGAAUGAAAAGAAAUGAGGAUGCAAAGAAUAAAAAGAUAAGGCAGGAGAAAAGAAAAGCCAAGCUGGAGAAGGCCAAAGAGCAAGAACAGGGAUAUGAAGACCAGACAUCAGAGAAAGACAGCCCUCCACAGGGUGCUGAACAGCACAAAAAGCGCGGCCGUAGGAAGAAGAGCUCAGUACCGGCAGUAGAAGCAGUGGACCUGGAGAAGGCCAGUCCCAUGAAGAGGGCUGCAGGGGCCCGCAGCAAAGCCAAGGCUCUCGCCAAGGCCCAGGCUCAAGCAGAGGCCGCAGCCCAGGCUGCGCUAACGGCGAAGAGGCAGGCGGAGAGGAGGGCACAGGCUCAGAGACGCAUGGAGGAGAGGAAGAGACAGCAGAUGAUCUUGGAGGAGAUGAAGAAGCCUGCAGAGGACAUGUGUCUGGCCGACCAUAUGCCCCUCCCAACGUUGUCACGGAUACCAGGACUGCUGCUGUCGGGUUUGGCCUUCUCAAACUGUUUGAGGGUAGUUGAGUUCCUCCAUGGUUACGGGAAGAUUCUGGGGCUCCAGGUGCCCAAAGAUAUUCCCAGCCUGAGCACUCUGCAGGAGGGUCUUCUCGGCCUGGAGAAAAGCCAGGGUGAGCUCCUGGAUCUGCUCAUGAAACUGGUGGAGGCUGCUCUGCAUGAUCCUGGACUGCCCUCUUAUUACCAGUCUGUGAAGAUCCUGGGGGAGAAGCUGGUUGAUCUGGAGCUGAACCACGGCACUGUGUCCGAGGUGCUGCGGGUCUUUCUGGAAGCUCACGGCUUUGAGUUGGAGGUGUGUAAUAGUCUCCGCACAAAGAGCUUCCAGACCCUCAGCCCUGAUGUCAAAGCCUCCAUACUGGUCUUUCUUGUAGAGGAACUCAACGCCAGCAACAUAAUCACCAGAGAGAUUGACAACACGUUGGAGAACAUGGCAACUUAUAGGAAAAACAAGUGGAUUAUAGAAAGCAAACUACGAAAACUGAAGGCUGCGUUGAUGCAGAAGACUGGUCGCCAAGAAGAGGAGCUGUGUUUUGAGGAGCGCAGGCGCAGUGCUCGCGUGGGUGAAGCCGAGGAAGAGAGCAUUGAGGAGAGCUGUGUGUCGGAGAGAGGGAGACGCCGCAAACCCAAAGAGGAACCCAAGCAAACUGAGAUUGAGAGCCCUAAUAAUUGCAGCGUCGCUGAGCUGGAGCGUCAGAUUGAUAAACUGACCAAGCGUCAGGUGUUUUUCCGUAAGAAGCUGCUACAGUCGUCUCAUUCUAUGCGGGCAGUGUCUCUCGGACAGGAUCGGUACCGUCGCAGGUACAUGCUGCUGCCUUACAUGGGAUGUGUGCUUGUGGAGGGAGCCGAGGAUAUCUUGGCUUUAGGUGAUGUUCUGGUCAGUGAUGAACCUGUGAGCCCAGUGAAAUCAGAGAUAAAAAUAGAGCUUCCCCUGUCUCCAGUACUCAACACAUCCCAGACCCUCCCCUCUUCUCGUCCAUCAUCCAAGCUUUCCCCUACAGAGGCGGAUCCUCUACCAGGGGAGGCAUCCCUGAUGAGCAGCCCCCGAGGACGGGGACGCCCACGGAAGAUCAAACCUGAAGUGGAGCUCCACCUCCGAGCUGCUAAGAACCGACGGCGCCGCCGUAGCAGCAGAUCAGGAGGUGAGGAUUCGGGCCUUAACUCCCCCGUGCAGGAUCUCACUCAGACCGCCUUCCAGGCUUUUCUCGACCAAUCACUGCACACGGCUACCAAUAGUGCACCAAUUGCAGCGUCUGGAGCCGGGCAGGGCGAUGAUGAUAACAGCCAACCAGAGGACAGGGUGAAGGAGCUAGCAGACAAACAAGGCCAGUGGUUCAAUCUGUUACCUAAAGAUCCAUGUGAUGAGGCUUCUCUCUCUCAGCCAUGUGUGAAAAUUUCUGAGACUGCUGCAUCACCCACUAAUGACACUCCAGUCCCGCUGAAAUCUACCCCACUUACCGCACCUCCACUGCAGCCUCUUUACACACAGUCCUGCCCACAGUUGCAGACUACAGUUCCACCACCUCAGGUGUGCUCCACUCCAGCUCCCAGGGCCGGUAGGAGGCGCAGGAGGGGCAGUGGGCCAUCUCGUCUGCACUCGAGAUCCAGCGCAGCAAAGAGGCGGGGCCGACCACCCUCCAAUCUCUUCCAAGAGGUUGAGCUGAAAUUCUUUACUCAGCUGGUGGUGAAGCCUAUUCCACUGGAAAUGGUAAAGGGCUGGUGGUGGGUGAAAGAACCAGAGGAGCUGACGGCCAUUCUAAGCACCCUGCAUCCACGAGGCAUUCGAGAGAAGGUGCUCCACAAACACCUUACCAAACACAUGGAGUAUCUAGCUGAGGUCUGCAAACGCCCAGUCACUGACCCCAUCUUCCACAUGACAGUGGAGGAGGGUGAUGCACUGAUGGAGGCAUCUAAACAGGCCUGGAAAGAGCAGGAGAGAGCCCUGCAGAUAGACAUGAGUGUUCUUCAGUGGGUGGAAGACUUGGAGCUGAGGGUAGUUGGUGCAGAUCUUCAGCUCAAGGUGGCCACUCCCGAGUCAGAGAUUGAAACAGUGGCUAAUCUGGAAUCAUCAACCCCUCAGUUUCAGAUCUUCACCCCUCCUGAGGCAGACUCCACACGGGAGGACCUGAAGUAUUAUGAGCAUGAGGUGGACCCCAGAGACGACUGGAUGGUCCGUACUAAAAAGGACUGGUCUGAUCUCUUGCGAUUUCCCAACAACCCUCUGGACCUGGCUGUUCUUCGACUGACUAACCUGGAACGCAACAUCGAGCGGCGAUAUCUGAAGGAGCCACUGUGGAAUCUGGCAGAGGUGGUGCGUCUAGCCCCUUUGACUCCUCCACCUGGCGGAGAGGAAGUGCCAUUAGAUGCUGUCAGUUUGGAGAGUGAAAUCACGCCCAGGUUGAGGACUUGGCGUCAGGCUCUGGACCGUUGUCGCAGUGCAUCUCAGCUUUCUCUCUGUCUGCUACAGCUGGAGAAGGCCAUAGCCUGGGAAAGAUCUGUCAUCAAAGUGACAUGUCAGGUGUGCCGUAAGGGUGAUGAUGAUGAGUACCUGCUCUUGUGUGAUGGCUGUGAUCGUGGAUGUCACAUGUUCUGCCUCAGACCAAAGGUCAUGCAAGUGCCAGAAGGUGACUGGUUCUGUCCCACCUGCGUUGCCAAGGAAAAUGGUGACGCUCCACGAUCACAACGUUCAGCGCGUCAGAGGUCGAAGGUGCGGAAACGGCGGCUUGCAGAGGAUAGUUCAGACGAGGAUGAUGGGUACAAACGGGGCAUGACCACACGACAAAAAGAUUCUGCUGCUUCCUCAAGUGGGACAAACUCCUCCCCUUCAAAACGUAGACGGAUGACCACACGAAACCAGCCUGACCUCACCUACUGCGAGAUCAUUCUGAUGGAAAUGGAGGCUCAUUCAGACGCCUGGCCUUUUCUGGAGCCGGUCAACCCCCGCCAGGUUCCUGGUUACAGACGCAUUGUCAAAAACCCCAUGGACUUCCUCACCAUGAGGGAGAGACUUCUACAGGGAGGGUACUGCAGCUGUGAGGAGUUUGCUGCUGACGCUCAGCUUGUCUUCAACAACUGCGAGCUCUUCAAUGAGGACACGUCAGAGGUGGGCAAGGCUGGCCACUCCAUGCGACACUUCUUCGAGAGCCGCUGGGCCGAAUUUUAUGACAAUAAGGACAAAUAGGGAUUCUGUUACCUGUUGCAUGGGAGGAACUAUUCGAAUGCCACGCCCCUUUGAUGCUCGUUACUACUAAAAACUGUUUCUGGAGAGCCCUCCAGUCCUCUGUAUGCAUAUAGAUUUGUUCGGUUUGUUUUACAAGUAUCUUUUUUUUUUUUUUUUGUCUGCCCCACCUUCACAUUAAGGUUAAGAACAUUUCCUUAACACCUGGUAUUACACUGUAAAAACUUCUCACCUAAAUCCAAACUUUCAUCAUUCACACCUUUGGGGUUGAAGUACACCUUCAGGACUUGAUUGGUUCACACUUGAUGUCACGUGACCAAUUAUGGUGAUUGGCACACCUCAGUCAGGAUGUUUUGACCACACACAAUUUUUUUCUUCUUUACUCUAAAGCCUUCUGCUCAAUAUUGUAUAGGUCGUGGGCCACGUGUGUCCCCUUGAUUGAAAAUGUAACGUUACGUGCUUUCAAGACUAGAAGCAAUUUCCUCAGUAUAUUUUUUAUUAUAAACUAUAUAUACUCUUAAAGACGGAAAAACAAUAGUUGGGAUUAUUUAAUAGCAAUAGCCUGUAGUGAAUCUGUACAGACAACAUCAUAGAGAGAUGUAUAGGUGACUCAUGAACUGGCCAGUAAAACGUAUUAUAUCACAUGUAACUCCAUCACUUUUAUUGCUUGUUGUUGAAUAUAGGUCUUAUCAACUGGAGAUUUGCUUUAUUUACUUUCUUGUCCUCUCACGACCCCCCAAAACCAGAAAUAAGUCAGUGUUUAGUCAUGAUGGAACCAAAAACUAAAUAUUUUAACCGCUACUCAAAAAGAUUAUUGGCCACCAGUUUUUAACCUCUUGUUUUUAAUCUCCGCUAGCUAGGUAGCAGUUUUCAAAGCUUUUGCUUGUAUGACUAUUGUCUGUAGGGAAAAAAAAAUCUAGAUUGUAUUCAUAUUGUUUUUUAUGGAAAGGAUAUGUAUGUACGUUUGGCACUGUAGAUGUUUAGCUAAACUUUUCAUUGGAAUAAUUUCUUCACUGUUGUAUUUGGUAUGACUGGAAAAGAUUUGCUCUUUGCUGUAAUGAAAAUGAAGAUUGUUAGACAUGGCUUUCUCAAACGCUGAUAUUCACAGAUGUUUAGACUGUUUUAUGUGUUGGCAAUAGUGUGUGUGAUAUCUUUAAAAAUCUGGACCAACUCCCUCAAAAAGGAUGUUAAUUUUAUGCUUAUGUCAUGUGUUGUGACAUUGUUUUGUCAAAAGGCCUUUCUUUAUCAUUACUAGGUGAAAUGACCAAUAAAAGGUUUUGAUUUCAGGGGAAAACAGUAGUAUUUUACCUGUAGCUUUUAAGGUUUUCAUUUUUCCCCUAAAACUUCAUAUUUUUAUCGUAGUCAUCAAAAACAGGAUACUAUAGCACUGAGUAAGUAUAGCAUACAUGAAGAGCGCAGAAGAACAGAUUUUCAUACACUGAACUCAACUUGCUCAGUAGAAAAUUUAUAAUUUACGUUCUUUUCCUCACCAUACAAAAGGGAUAUACAGUACUUGUUUCUUUUUUUAAAGAGAAAAAUCCUGAAAACAGUUCUAGGAUGUUCAACCAAAUGUGGUGUUUAGUGAAUUUUUAAUAAUGUACAGUUUUUGUGACUAAAUUUGUUCCUUUCUAUAUUUUUAGGACCAAUAUAUCAUUUUUAAGAGGUGGCAUUAAAUGACCAUGUUGUUUCAAGGUAAUGUAACACGUGCAUCUGUAGAAUGUACUGUAAUCGAAAUAAAACCACACCUAGUAGACA